CGGUUCACAGGCGUACGAUGAAGUUCCACAGGCGACGUCGCGCUACGUGUUUCUGAUUGUUUACGUAUAAAACUACUGCGCGUUUAUGCCUGCAAACUUGUGGUUGGUACAUAUGCUCUUUGGCAGCUGAAACGACGCACACCGGCAAGCAAACGCCUCUCUCAAUCUUUUGCACAUGGGUAUUUGACGGUAAUCAUGUUGAUGUAUUCUAGCAAACUAAGGAGGAUGGAAGAGAGCUCGCAGUGAGGAAGGAGCAUGGAACUCUAGGUGCCAAACAGCAAGAAUCCCGCGCCGGGCCGCUGACCACGCUAGCAGUAGCAGGCAUUAUGGAAGAGAGGAAAGCUGGCGUCGGGGAAAGGCUUGCCCGGUUGUUCGGCAGGUCGGCAUCUCCAGGCCCCAAUUCUGGCACCGCCUCAAAGAAGCCGAAGGCCUUGCCUUCACCGACUGCGCAGUCACCACCCAGCCCCACGGGAGGUAUCGGGUUUUCCUGGAAUGCGCUCGGCGGCGAACCUUCGGGCAAGCCCCUCCUCCUCGGUCGGCGACCAGGGAAGUCCGCAAACGGGUCGCCAACGGCAACCUCCGGUCCCGCGCCCAGCGCGGCCGAGCUGGCGGAAGCUCGGCGACGGCGAACACGCAUGAAGAUGCGCCAGAUGGGUCUGCUCGACUGCAGCGUCGCAACCAAGGACGGCGAAAUGUUCAGUGACCCGCGCGCGCCACGCAUGUCCGCACCCUCGCUGCAACUUGACAGCGACGGAUGCGUACCGCCAACCGCACUGGCUACCACAGUCACAAGUGGUAUGCUCGUACAGGGUGGGGCGGCGGCGCCGCCGCCGUAUCGCGCGUCAGUUGGCGGCAGCAGGCAGGAGCUGAUGGCAGCGGCGGCGGCGUCCGGCGCGCCCUCGCGCUUUCGCGCCGGUGACGGCAGCGGCGCCGGGUACAGCGGCGGCUCAAUGUACGGAGCUGCCGUACCGCUGCCGCAUCUGGCGUCCGUACUUGCCGCCACGCCUGGCGGCGGCGGCGGCUGCCCCGGCGCACCCCCAGCCUCCCCCAGUGCUGCUGCCGGCUACUACUCCCAGUCCCACGCCUACGCCGCCUGUUCCUCCCCAGUAGGCAGCUACUGGCCCCCAGCCUCCACGUCCGCCGCCAGCAGCGGCUAUGGCGGUUACAGCGGUUACGGCGGCUACUCUGAUGGCGGCGGCAGCGUGUUUGGCGGCGUUGGCGGCAUCUCCCCUAGGGGCUCCUUCACUGGUGGCUACGCCGCAGCCCCCAGCAGCCCAGCAGCAGCGCUAUGCCACCCGGCCGGCGGCAUGGCACGCGCCUCUCCCGCCGCUGCAGCGCCGCUGCAACAGCCGCCGCAGCAGCCGCUACAGCCGCUGCAUUCACACCCACACCUCAUCAACUGGCACCGGAGCUCGUCGGGGCUACGGCAGCAGGUGCAGCAGGCGGCGGCCGCGGCGGCGGCACCUGUGGCGGCAGUAGCAGGGCCGUCGUCGUCAUCAGGGCAUGUCUACUGCGGCAGUAGCAGCAUUUUCUCCUCCACCUCCUCCACGCCCCGAGCCGCCUCUGGGGUGCUGCCGCCGCUGCCGGAGGCAGCGGAAGCCACUGGUGAAGAGUCAGGCGAGGCUAUAGCAGCGGCGGCGACGGCGGCGGCUGUAGCGGCGCACCUUAGUGGGCUUGAAGCAGGGUACUGCGGCGAUGCGGCAGCAGCGCCGCAGCCGCCGCCACCGUCUUUGCCUGCCUCUGUUUCUCUGCGGCCGUUUCGGUCGCAGCCGCAGCCGCCGCAGGUUCAGCUUCAGCUACAGCCGCAGACGUCUGGUCCGGCGCCGCCGGCGGCGCCACCGCCGUCGCCGUCCUGGCGGCGGCAGCUCAGCUCGGGUUGCUGUGGCCGCGGCGGCGGCGGCGGCGGUGGCGGCGGGCUGCCGUCGCCGUCGGCGGCGGCAGGGUCAAUGCCGCGGUCCAUCAGCGGCCUGAACGCGGGCACUGCACAGCAGGUGGCGGCGGCGGCAGCCCCUGAGACGCGUGCGGUUUCAUCGCCGCGGGUUCGAGGCGCGUGCUUGUCGUGUGACGGCGGCUUUGUCGCCUGCUGCAGCUGCUGCGGUGGCGGCGGCGCCUCGCCUUGGGGGGUGCUGGAAGCGCCCCGGACUCCGCCAGGGCUUUACGGCAGCAGCCCUGCCAGUCCGUACCAAGGCGCCAGCGUCAGCGGUGCCGCCGCCGCGACGCAGGCGCAGUCGGGGCCGCUGCCCCAGCUACUGCCGCCGGCGUCGCCUCUGGGCGCCAGUGGCCGCUGGAGCUUGAAUGGCGGCGGCGGCGGCGGGGCGGGCGCGGCCAUCGCUUUUGGGCCUGCACACACCGGCACCUUACACCGCCCCCAGCAGCACCAGCAGCACCAGCAGCAGCACCACUCCCAACCAAAUCACCAGCAUCACAUCGCAAGCGGCCCGACGCCGCUGCUGCAGCCGCCACAGCAGACGUCACAGCUACUGCCGCCGCCCUUCACGGCAGCUGUGACAGCCGGAUAUCGCUUGAGCUGGUCGGGGCUGUCAAACGUGCCAGAGGCCCCGUGCGAGGAGGAGGCGGCGGCCACGGCGGCCGCGGCGGAGGAACGCAAGCGAGCUGGCGGCGCCGCCGCCGCUGUGUUGCCGCCGCUGCCUAUCCGGCGGUCCACAACGACGCCACUGCCGAUCCUGGCUGCUGCUACUGCCGGGCCGUCCGCCGUAGACGGCGGCGGAGCCGAUGGCAGGCUGCCCCGCCCGGGCACUGCUACAGCCGCAGCUACAGCUGGUGCUAUGGGCGCGCCGGGAGGAGCGGCGGCGGCGGCGGCGGGCUCGGUCCAUUUCGGCGGCAGCUGCAGUUUGCGCCGCUCGACGGAGGAGGCGCCAGGAGCGGGAGGCGGCGGCGGGCCGACUUUUGGCGGUGCACUGGAGGAGUGGGAGGGGGAGGAUGUGUACGUGUCCCAUCCAACGCUCAGCAACCUGCUGCAGCCGCCCUCCCCGCCCGCCCCCGUGCCGGCGCAUGCGCCGCCACCACACCAGUUCCUCCAGCCUCCCCAGUCGCCGCAGCAUCAGCAGCAGCGGCGCCCGCCGCACCGCAUCCCACUGCUGCAGCCGCACCUGCUGCCGGUGCUACAGCCUGCGCAUCCCCUGGCGCUUCCCGCGCCCAUGCUACAGCCGCCGCAGCCACUGCCGUGGCCGCCGACGCCUGCCCUCAGCCGCCAUGAUCUGCUACAGCCGCAGCAGGAGCAGGAGCAGCUACAGCCGCAGCCGCAGCAGCAGCCGCAGCCGCAGCCGCAGCCACAGCCGCAGCCGCAGGACCAAGUACAGGAGCUGCUACUGCAGGAGCAGCAGGAGGCGGGGUGGCGCGUCUGGACCAACCAGCUCGCGCUCACACCUUCCUUGGACGCAGACACUGCUGCUGCUGCUACUGCCGCUGCUGCCGCUGGGGCUGAUCAGGCUGGUGAACAUGCAAAGGACGGGAGCAGCGGCGCCGGUGCCGGUGGCGGCGAGUCUAGUGCUGGUGGUGGUGCUGCGGCGCAGGAGGUUGAGGACGGCUUCUGGACAGCCUCUGCGCCUGCACCUGCAUCGGUGUCAGUUGCUGCAGAUACUUCCACUGCUACGACGUCCAGCGGCGAGCCGGACCCGCAGCAGCAGCCGCAGCCGGACCCGCAGCCGCCGCCGCAGCAGCAGCAGCAGCAGCCGCAGCAGCCGCGUGUGCUCCUCACUACCGCGACCCUGUCUGCGGGCAUGGGAACAGGAGGCGGCGGCGGCGACGUUGGCGGCGCGGAGCCGGCUCCGGAGGAUGGCUCGGAGAGCGAGGCCGAGGAAGCUGCGGCGGCGGAGCGUGCGGCUUCCGCCGCCAGGGCUGCGGCGGCGGUGCUGGGGCUGGGGCAUUUGGAAUCCGCGGGCCCUGUUUCCUCCUUCGGGGGCCCGAAGGGAUCCGUGUCUGCUGCUGCCGCGGCGGAGCAGGCCGUGGCGGCGGUGGGUAUGCUACAGCCGCAGCCGCCGCUGCCGCUGUCGCCGUUGCCUGCCUCCGCCACCAGCAGCCGGCCGCAGCUACUGCUGCAAAUCCCAAUGGCUCCGGUUCAGUUGGACAGCAGCCAAGGCGCCGACGCGCCGCCGCCUACCUGCACGGAUGCUACAGCUGCCGCAGCCGCGGCCGCGGGAUCUGGAUUCGGCGCCAGCGUUUCGCCGUUUGAGGCGGUUAUGAUGGCGUUCCACCGCGAAAGCCGAAGCUGGCGGGCCGGCAGUAGCACACGUACCAGCCGCAGCGGCACUGCUGGCGGUGGCGGUGGUGGCAGUAGCAUCGUCAGCAGGGGUGGCUUGCCGCGCACGAGCGGGUCUUUCCAUGCGUCCCGCCGGCGGCGGUGCGACUCCAUUGCGUCUGUGCGCCACACGGCAGCGGCGGCGCCGCCCCGCCCGCCGCACCUGCUGUUGCUGGAGCUGCACAACCAGCAGGCGAGGGCGUGGGCGCUGCAGGCCGCUGCGGCGGCGGCCGUGGCGGCGGCGGAGCAGGAGGAGGAGUACCUGCUGGAGCAGGAGGAAGCGAGGGCGCGGGAGCAGGAGGAAGAGAGGGAGCGGGAGGAUAGGCUGCAGGAAGAGCAGCAACAGCAGCAGCAGGAGGAGGAGGGACAGGAGGAGGAAGACGAGGAUGGGCAGCUAGGCGGCAGCAAUGGGGGCCACGAGGAGGACGCGCAAUGUCACCGUGGCUUACACGGCUCGGCGCCACCCCAAAACACACACUCGCUGCAGCCGCCACAUGUGCAGCCGCCACCUCCCGCAGCGUUGGCGGCCGGCCCGCAGCCGCCUGCGUCGCCUCGGUCGCCUGCCUCCCGGUCGCAGUCUCGGUCGCAGCAGGAGCGACACCUGGUGCACGGCGCACACAGCACCGGUCGGGGCAAGUCCCUAAAGGAGGCUUGCUUUGGGCUGGAGGCCGAGGCGGGCCGUGCUGAGCAUGACACGCCGGCAGUAGCACCAGCGGCGGCGGCGGCGGAUGGCAGUAGCACGGCCGCAUCCGCGCCAGAUGCUGUCGGCGACCGCGGCAAUAGCGGCAACAGCCGGCGUUCGCAGCUACUGCCGCAGCCGUCGCAGUCGCAGGUGCUGCUACAGCCGCCGCAGCUGCUGACGGCGCCGCCGGGGGUGCUGCCAGCUGGCAUGGCCCGGGCUGUGUGGAAGCUGGAUGACUACGACAUCCGGCCCGCCUUCUACCGCGGGGAUGCCUCCUCCUUGCACAAGGCCACGUGUCUGGUGUCGGGCUGCCGUGUGGUGCUCAAGGCGUACGACAUGCUGCAUGUGGCGGGCGCCCUGCCGCCCGACCUGGCGGCGGCGUGGCGGGCGCAGCUGGGGCGGGAGGUGGCACUGCACGUGGCGGCGGCGGGGCACCCCUCCGUCAUAAAGCUGUACGGGGCUUUCCAGGAGGAGGGGCUGCUGGUGCUGGUGCUGGAGCGGGCAGACGGAGGCGACCUCUUCACACGCCACCGCGCGCUGCCUGGGUGCCGCAUGCCCGAGCUCGAGGCCGCCACUGCAGUGCUGGCGCCGCUGCUGCGGGCGCUGGCUUUCCUGCACGGCCGCGGCACUGUACACCGGGACAUCAAGCCCGAGAACCUGCUCCUGGACGCCAAGGGCGCGCUAAAGCUGACGGAUUUUGGCGCCGCCAUCAGCGCGCGGGAGGAGCGGCCCGUGACCCGCACCGGCACAGCAGAGUACAUGGCUCCGGAGGUCACGCUCUGCCUGCGCAAGGACGAGGCGGCGGCUGCGGCGGCUGCGGCGGCGGCGGCGGGUCAGGCCAUGCCUGCUGUCGCCGGGUACGGCUUCCAGGUGGACAUCUGGUCCGUCGGCGUCCUGGCCUACGAGCUGCUCGUGGGCUGUCCUCCCACCGCCCGCACCCCCACCCGCACCCGCACCCCCGGCGGCAGUAGCAGGCGCUCGCCCCGCCACCCCGCCGCUGGCGCUGCUGCUAGUGGCCUCGGAGGCAUUAGCAACUACCGCGCCGGCAGUAGCAGCGUCAGCAGCAAGGGAGGCGUCAGUGUUGCCAGUGCCAGCGGCAGGAGCAGGAACGUGUCUUUCGCCUCGUCUUCGGCUGCGGCGGCUGCGGCGGCUGUUGCGGCGGCGGCGACGGCGGCGGCGGUUGAGGAGCUCCCGCUUGGGCUCUUUGCAGCACGCCACAUGGUGGCAGUAGCGAUGAGCGCGAAGGAGGGUGCUGGUGUUGCUGCUUCUGCUGCAGAUGCCGGCGGCGAUGCAAGGAGCCGGCGCCGAACUGUCAGCGGCAGUAGCAGGGGCAGCGGCACUAGCAGUAGCAGUAGCGGCAGUGAGGACAGCGGUGGCGAGGAUGCUGCGGGCGCGGAGACGGCGAGCGCCGCUGCUGGCACGGUUGCGGCCGCCGCCACUGGUGACAGGCGGCACAGGCGCAACAGCCGGCUUCCCAUCCACUUCCCGUCGCAUGUGUCGCACCCCGCUCGCGCCUUCAUCCGCGCCGCCCUCGCGCCCGGGCCCGCCGACCGCCCCACCGCCGCGCAGCUGCUGCAGCACCCCUGGCUGCGGGCAGCAGCCGCGGCGGUAGUAGCCGCCGGCGGCAGGAGCAGCAGGAGGCUGUAGCAGCCAUCGGAGGCUGUAGCAGCCAUCGGAGGCUGUAGCAGCCAGUGGCGGCUGUAGCAGCCAGUGGAGGCUGUUGGCAAUGCAGUUGACAGAUUGCAGGUGGCAUUUGUUGGCGUCUAUCGUGUGGACGGCGUCAGGGCAGUAGUAAUGGAACUGGUGGGUGGAGUUCGUGACCGCUGCGGGGUGGCCGCGGAGAUGCCGUGGGCCAACUGGUUGAAAGCUUUUGAUGUACCUCAAUGAAGCCGGGUUGACAAAGCUUACGUUUAAUUUAUGUCCCUAUUCUCUCGCAAAGCGAGUGAGUACAUGACAAUGCGUUCCACGACGGCGUUAAGCUAUGCAUUAUGUGGAUGGCGCGCAACGGAAUGAACAUGUAGAGCGUGAAUAGGCCCUGGUGUGAACGGGUGCCAUAACAGCCAUAAGAUAAAAAUGCAAAUAGCCGAUAUGCCCUGAAGCUAAUGCCGACUCCUUUUUGCGUUUGGUUAUCCAUGUUUCACUGUGGGUUGCCUCUGAACCAACGAGGUGUGGGAUUGGACCUGCGGGGCCCACAUGUCGACAGAAGGAGGUCCAGGGGAAGCCCUCUCCGGACCGAGUCCGAGUCCGGGCCUCGUGUGUGUGUGUGUGUGUGUGUGUGUGUGUGUGUGUGUGUGUGUGUGUGUGUGUGUGUGUGUGUGUGUGUGUGUGUGUGUGUGUGUGUGUGUGUUAAAGAGCACAAGGAAAACGCACGUGUGUGUGUGUGUGUGUGUGUGUGUGUGUGUGUGUGUGUGUGUGUGUGUCAGCGUGUGCCGGGAAUUGUACACAUCAGCAUCCGAGCCGCACGGAGUGACCGGGUGUGGCUGCCUCGAACCCCUGGUGCGCUGUUUCUCGGGCUGGGCCUGGGUGGUGCGGCAUCUGACUGAUCCAAGGGGUGCGGAUUGCGGAGGGACGCUGUGGCACGCUUAGGCGUAAACAAUACUUAUAUAAUUAGAUAUAAUGACGCGACUUGCGAACGGACAGUUUGAGCAGUUUGGAUCGAGCUGUCGGCGAGUGCGGCACCACGAGUGUUUGCGUGUUGAGUGCUUGGCGACGGCCACUUGGAACCCAUGCGUAGCAAGCCUCGACCUCUGCGACGUGUUCAACGGCCUUGUCCAUUGUCAACGACUAUGACGAAGCCGAGUUGCCACGUAGCAGUCAGGCUGGUGCACGUCACUGGGCCCUGUGUGUGUCUGGUUUGGAGCUGACUGGGCCCCGAUGCGUCACCAAGGGCCACCGCCAGGGGUAGCCACGUCUGCCCUGAAGUUCAGACCAUAAGGAGUUGUGGAUGGAAGAGUUGCUACGUGGCCACUGUCGUACAUGCAGCCGCCGGGGGAGUAUAUAGGCGACCGGCCAGUUAGUUUAGAGUAACCCGUGCCCGCGGCAGAGCCCUUCUCUCCCGGCCUUUCGGUAAUCAAGGUUGAGGCCAGGCGGUAAGCCCACCCUGCGGCGGUAAGCCCUGAGCUCUCGUCAAGAUCAAGACUCUGCCCUGUAACCCUCAAGAUCU